AUGCAAACAUGCAGGAUCGUGGUUGUGGAAGGGCUGAAGGCGGCGACUGCCCACCUCGACCGACGGCCGGCCGAUUCGAGCAGCAGCCGCGAAGAGAGCAGCACCAGCACCAGUGGCAGCCGACGCGAGGGCAGCCGCAGCGGCAGGAGAUCGGGAGGCAGCGCGAGUACCGGUGACGUCGACAUGCGCGAGCUCCACGACAGCCUCAUCAAGCUCUUCUCCCCCUUUGGCAGCGUCACCUACGUCAACGAGCACCUCUUCGCCGCCGAAGAUGCGCUCUUCGUGUUCUUCACCCACAUACGCGAUGCGCAAGAGGCCAAGGAGGAGGUGGAGAAGGACCUCCGUAAGCACCUCCGGCCGGUGAUCAACACGCUCGGACCCCACGUGGAGAAGGGCGAGCCCGACUGGAGCGCCGUCAAGAUCCGCUACGAGGAGCCCAAGACCCUCGCUCUGCCCGUCACCGCCGGGCACAAGUCGAGCCGCCAUCUGUGGGUGGGGUCGAUCGACGACACGGUGGUGACGUCGGCCACGCUCGAGGCCGUGUUCGGCGCCUUCGGCACCCUCACGGACCGCCCGCACAUCAACGUCGGCCGCCAGCAGGGCUUUGUCGACUUCCAGACGGUGUACGAGGCGGUGGACGCGCUGACACACAUGAACGGGGUCUUCCUCGGCUGCCUGCCGCUGGAGAUCCGUUUCGGCCGACAGGAGUUCGGCAAGGUGCUCUGGAUCGGUGGUCUCGACGACACCAUGACCGAGAGGCGAUUGUGGCAGGCGUGCUACGACUGGGGCAUGGUGAAGUCGGUCGCCAUUCACGCGUCGAAGCAGUGCGCCUCGAUCACCUUCUCGGCGCCCGAGGAGGCCCAGCUGGCGCUCGACAUGAUGCAGGGCCUGUACCCACCCCUCCCCUCACUGGCCCUGCUUCCGUCUGCCACGGCCCUCAAGCGUAAGCUCAAGGUGGACUACUUCCGCACGGCGCGCACCUUCCCCGGGCCUGAGUUCUCGUCGCCCACAGUGCCGCCGCCCUUCUCGCCCACACUCCGCAGCGGCAGCAAGGGCCGCGGCUCCGUCCCGCCGACUUCGCCUCCGCCGCCGUCGCAGCCCGUCGGUGCUCCGCCCGCGUCCGCCGCCUCCUCGGCCGCUGCCGACCGAGACAAGGACCAGCGCGAACGCGAGCGCGAUACCACAAAGGAGAGGGAGAGGGAGCGAGAAAGGGAGCUGGCGGCGCGCGGCAGCGGAGCGCCGCCCAAGCGCCACCCACCGCCCGCCACAGCAACGGCGCCGGCGCCGGCUGCGCCAGUGCCGACUGUGUCUUCAUCAACGUCGGCGUCAGCAGUGUCGACACCUGUCGCUGCGGAGUUGCCGGCGGGGACGCCCUCCGUGUCAACAGGGACACCGCCGCUGCCCUCCAACCUGGCCCUCUCCUCGGCGCGUCCGCAGAAGCGCAAGGCCGCCGCCGACGACCGUCUGCCCGGCGCCUCGUCUGCGUCAGCCGGCGCGCAGGUCGCGGAGGCCUCCGAUGCCGGCGCCCAUCAUCACCGAAGGAAGCGCGAGAAGCUCGACGUCGUCGAUACGUCGACUACGCCCGCGCCGGCCAAGGCGGUGCCCGCGGCUCCGGCCGGCAAGGACCUCAGCCCCUCGACCACCUCCAUGCCCACCGCAACCAUGCCCUCGCCUCCUCCUCCUUCUGCCUCGGCCGUGCCACCCGUUUCGUCGUCAUCUUCGUCGUCAUCGCUCGCUUCUUCGUCUCCCUCUUCUUCUUCGUCGUCUUCGGACCGACGACGCGAAGGCACGCCGCCACAUCGCUACUUUGUGCCGUCGCCCGAGGAGUGGUACAUCCCGGGCUCGAGCAAGCGUGGCGACACUGAACGCGGCGGUGGCGGCGGCGGCGGCCUGAGCGUAAGUGGCGGCCGAGGGGAGCCCUCGUCGUCGUCGUCGGCCUGGAAUCCGCCUCCGCGCGAGCGUGAGCCGCUGCCGCCGCCCCCGCUGGCUGGCGGCGGUCGCAUGGCGCCUCUUAAGAGCCGCAGCGCCGAGUGGAGCGACGCCGGCGGCCGAGGCCGCGAGUGGAGCGACGUGGCGCCGGCGCCGCUGCCUCCGCCGCGAGGAGGACCACGAGACUGGGAUCGCGGCGGCGGCGUCUCGCGCGAGUGGACCGACCGCGGCGGCGGCAUCGGCAUCAGCGGCGGCAGCGGCCGAGACGGCGGGCGUGGUGGCAUCCCUCCGCCUCACGCCUACCCGCCCUUCUCACCUCCGCCCUUCAAACCUCGGGGCCGGCUGCCGGGGCACAGGCGGGGUCCGAAGGGCUACCCGCAGGAGUGGGAACCCCACGACGUGCGCUCGUUCGAGGCGCUGCCCCCCUACGACGCCGCCGACUUCCAUCCGCUUGACUACGAAGGCACCGCCCCCGACCCCCGGAUGGCGCCGAAGGCCUACCACGAGUGGGAGUACGAGUCCCGGUUCGAGACUGGUCCGCCGCCUCUCUACGAGCCCGACUACCGUCCCGACUACGAUGGCCAGCUGCACGAGGGCGACAGGCGAUACGAGCGCGGGAGGCACGAGCGGGAUCGGGAGAGGGACCGCGACGCGCGCGACCGCGACCGCGACGUGGGGCCGCCGCCCUACCACCCGGCCGACCUGCCCCCGCCCCGCGCCGGCUCCCCCUACUGA